AUGUCAGACGAUGGCCCUCCCAAGCUCACUUCGAACGCUUCCACCGCUUCCCAAGAGGCUAAGCAGCAAAGUCGCUCAUCUAACGGCUCGGCAGGUCUACGGAAUCUCGCACCCAGACAGCAAUGUUCAACAACGGAUAUGAUGCGUAUGGUUGGAACAAUCCCUCAGGGUGCAACUCUUCCUCGUCAGCUACAAACACAGUCACAAGCAAGCAUGAGAGGCUCUCAAGGAACUCCUCAAAUGGUCCAGCUACACCAGGUUCAACAAGUUCCAGUGACAGGACGUGUAAUUACCAUGAAUUCAAUGCAGGCCCCGCAGCAACUUAUUCCUGUUCCCAUGCGCAUGGUUUCCAAUGGUGCAACGUUGGGUGAUGGACAACAGACUCCCAAUUCAAUCCAACUGAUGCCGCAGUUCCUUCCCGCAAAUGCUCGUAUUGGACAAAAUAUAAGGUUCAUGCCACAUCCGAACGAUGCUUCAAACACUCAUAAUGUGGCCUCACAGCAAGCUGCAAUGAGUGCACUUCGACCUGGCAACGCUGCUUUAAUGGUUGUUCAAGGGCCAAAUGGACCGAUGGUUCUGAACACGUCAGCAAUGCACCCUGGUAUGAUACCGCAAAAUCUCGUCCCAGUCGGAAUUGCACAAGGAAUUCAAGGUAUGCAGACUAUGUCGAACGUACAAAGACAACAACAACAUCAACAACAGAUACAACAACAUGCAAAAACAAUGGCGAGUCGGUGCAAGAAACGGCGUCCCGAGAGCGGAUCAGGAGAAAUGAGUGUCGGAGAAUAUCUUGCUUUGGGAAUGGAUGAGAAAGGAAGAGCUGAUAGCGGAUCGUGUGGCACAGACAGUCCAGAUACAGCAGGGGAUGCCCCGCCGGCGCUGGAUAGAGGAGAUUCAUUGGAUGACUCGUCGCCUCAGUCGGUCACGGAUUCCGCAAAAUCUUUAGAGUCUAUAUUUGUUAGAGAAGCGAUGGCCUUUAGAGCAAGAGGCGGAGGAUGUGGAAAACCACUGGUCCAUUAUAUGGAUGGUUUCACUAUCGAGGAAUCGGAUGUUCCAUUCCCACUUGCUCAGUACGAUAAAAUUACGGAGUUAGUCUCUUCAGAGGUACUUGAUGACAUAAUGCCUCUAAUCGCCGAUAUUGAUGUGAAAAAUAAAGUGGAAGAGAAGCCAAUGAAGGAAAAAAAUACUCCUGUAAAGCCCACCAAGGCAGCCACUCCUACUGCAGCGGAUUCUGAAAAUGAAAAUAAAAGAAAAGUACCGGCUCGGACCAGACGAUCAACAACUCAGAGCGAAGCUCAUAUUAAUAAGGUGAAGAAGGAAGAAUCCGAUCACUCUCGUGAAGAUCGCGUCGAAGAACGUAAACAGUCCAAGAACCGUCGCCAACCAGCACCAGUACAUCAUCCACCAAGAAGAAGGACUAAUGAAUUAGAACUACUAUUAAGUAUGGAUUUUGGACCAAAAGAUUGUGGAAGGCGUAUCCUCGAUACGGAGAAGCGAAAAAGUGUACUUGACAAGGAAAAACGUCUUUCAUCAGAAACUGGCGACGAACACGACAAAGCGGAGUCAGCGGAUAAGGUGAAAUCGAAGCAAAAGCGACGUAGCACACAGUCGUCAGCUACUGACAGUCCGACGAAACUUGAACGCUCUCGUUCCUCAGUGGAUUCCUCAGAUACACAUAGUCGUUCCUCCAAAAGAAGUAGUGGAAGGCACGAUAGACCAAGAGAUAAAGAAAAAGAAAAGGAAAGAGAGAAGGAAUCUUCGGUGCUUAGCACUCCAACAAUAAGUAUGCGCCUUUUGCCUUCAUCGGAGGACUCACCCGAGGACCGGUGUUUGUUUUGUCAGGUCUCUUUUAAAGAGAAGGAACGGUCAGUUUCAACACCACAAUACUGUUCAACAAAAUGUCGUCGUUCAUAUCAAUCAAUGAUCGCUAGCGAAAAAAUGGGUCGAAAGUUUUCGGAAUCCAUAAAACGAGUGUCUGGUGGUUCGGAAGUGCGACAUAAAUUUGAGGAUGAGACCACUCCACCAUCUUCAUCUUCAAGUGGAAAGAGGACUGAGGAUUCUUCUUAUUCAAAGAAAGGUUACAGUGCCUAUAUAGAUCCCCCACAAGUUGCAAUGAUUGUUCCACCACGUGGAGUAGUUUCGCCGGCAUCGGUGCAGCCUUCCACUUUGCUUGCAUCGAUGACUUCGCCAACAUCGAAUGGUCACUCCCCACUAACGGAACCCACAGUUGGCACGACAACUCCUGUAGCAGCGUCAUGUGGACCACUUUGCGUCCCUGGAGUUGACUAUGACGUUGAUCCGAAGCUGUGGACGCCUGAUGUAGCAGCUCGUUGGGCGCAAGCAGUCACUGGUUCUGAAACAUGUGCGGCCACUUUCCGACGGGAGGAAGUUGACGGCGACGCAAUGCUAAUGAUGGGUUUCGAUGAUUUACGUAGUCACCUUUCGUUCACAUUUGGCCCAGCGAAGAAAUUACAUCUUGCCAUUGAACAACUCAAAGUGUUCCGUGACCAGAAAUACGGAACACCUUGA